GAGGAGGGGGCCUUUAAUAGGCUCGCCCAGAGCCUGGUUUGCGGCGCUGCGAGUGGCUGGGGUUCAGAGAAGCGGCGGCACCUCCCUCUAGUUCUCCGCAGCAAGUCUUUGCCCUUGCACUUGACAGCGAUUGUACUUAAGCUCCCAGAGCGCGCUCUGCUUGGAGGGCACAGGUAAGAGGCGCGGGCUGUGCGGUGCACGCUCACUGCUCCGGGAGGCCUCCCCCUCCUUUUGCUCUCCUCUCUGGGAGCUGUGGGCUGCCGGGGAGCGUUGGUGGUUCCGUGUGCCGGCUGCAAGACGACCGUGCGGCGGCCGGGAAGCCCUGCCGAGCCAUUCUGAGAGCGCGGCAGUGCGCUGCCCGGCGCCAUGCUUCUGCUGGGCAUCUUAACUCUGGCUCUCGCCGGGAGACCCGCGGGGGGCUCAGAGCCAGAGCGGGAGGUGGUGGUACCCCUCCGACUGGACCCGGACAUCAACGGCCGCCACUACUACCGGAGGAGUCCGGAGGACUCGGGGGAUCAAGGACUCAUUUUUCAGAUCACAGCAUUUCAGGAGGACUUUUACCUACACCUGACGCCGGAUGCUCAGUUCUUGGCACCCGCCUUCGCCACUGAGCAUCUGGGCGUCCCCCUCCAGGGGCUCACCGGGAGCUCUCCAGACUUGAGGCGUUGCUUCUACUCUGGGGAUGUGAACGCUGAGCCGGACUCGUUUGUCGCGGUGAGCCUGUGCGGGGGGCUACGCGGAGCGUUCGGCUACCGAGGCGCCGAGUAUGUCAUUAGCCCGCUGCCUAACGCCAGCGCGCCCGCGGCGCCGCGCAACAGCCAGGGCGCACACCUCCUCCAGCGUCGGGGCGCCCCGGGCGGGCCUGCCGGAGAUCCCACCUCUCGCUGCGGGGUGGCCUCAGGCUGGAACCCCGCCAUCCUGAGGGCUUUGGACCCUUACAAACCGCGACGGACCAGCUCAGGGGAGAGACGCAGCCGUCGCAGGUCAGGGCGCGCGAAGCGCUUCGUGUCUAUUCCACGGUACGUGGAGACGCUGGUGGUGGCGGACGAGUCAAUGGUCAAGUUCCACGGCUCAGACUUGGAGCAUUAUUUGCUGACGCUGCUGGCCACGGCAGCACGACUCUACCGCCAUCCCAGCAUCCUCAACCCCAUCAGUAUCGUCGUGGUCAAGGUGCUGCUUCUCAGAGACCGCGACACGGGGCCCAAGGUCACGGGCAACGCGGCCUUAACGCUCCGCAACUUCUGUGCCUGGCAGAAGAAGCUGAACAAGGUGAGCGACAAGCACCCUGAGUACUGGGACACAGCCAUCCUCUUCACCAGGCAGGACCUGUGUGGGGCCACCACUUGUGAUACGCUGGGCAUGGCUGAUGUGGGCACCAUGUGCGACCCCAAGAGAAGCUGUUCUGUGAUUGAGGAUGAUGGACUUCCGUCAGCCUUCACUACCGCCCACGAGCUGGGCCACGUGUUCAACAUGCCCCAUGACAAUGUGAAAGUGUGUGAGGAGGUGUUUGGGAAACUCCGAGCCAACCACAUGAUGUCCCCAACACUCAUCCAGAUUGACCGUGCCAACCCCUGGUCAGCCUGCAGUGCUGCUAUCAUCACUGACUUCCUAGACGGUGGGCAUGGCGACUGCCUCCUGGACCAGCCCAGCAAACCCAUCUCCCUGCCUGAGGACCUGCCUGGUGCCAGCUACACCCUGAGCCAGCAGUGCGAGCUGGCCUUUGGUGUGGGCUCGAAGCCCUGUCCCUACAUGCAGUACUGCACCAAACUAUGGUGCACUGGCAAGGCAAAGGGGCAGAUGGUGUGCCAGACUCGCCACUUCCCCUGGGCAGAUGGUACCAGCUGUGGCGAGGGCAAGUUCUGUCUCAAGGGCACCUGUGUUGAGAGACACAGCCUCAAUAAGUACAGGGUGGAUGGCUCCUGGGCCAAAUGGGAGCCCUACGGUCCCUGCUCACGCACCUGCGGUGGGGGUGUGCAGCUGGCCCGGAGGCAGUGCAGCAACCCCACCCCUGCCAACGGGGGCAAGUACUGCGAGGGGGUGAGGGUGAAGUACCGAUCCUGCAGCCUGGAGCCCUGCCCCAGCUCAGCCUCUGGCAAGAGCUUCCGGGAAGAGCAAUGCGAGGCUUUCAAUGGCUACAACCACAGUACCAACCGGCUCACCCUGGCUGUGGCAUGGGUGCCCAAGUACUCAGGGGUGUCUCCUCGAGAUAAGUGCAAGCUCAUCUGCCGAGCCAACGGCACUGGCUACUUCUAUGUGUUGGCGCCCAAGGUGGUGGAUGGUACACCAUGCACUCCUGACUCCACGUCGGUCUGUGUCCACGGCAAGUGCAUCAAGGCUGGCUGUGACGGGAACCUGGGCUCCAAGAAGAAGUUCGACAAGUGUGGGGUGUGUGGGGGAGACAGUAAGAGCUGUAAGAAGGUGACAGGACUCUUCACCAAGCCCAUGCACGGCUACAAUUUUGUGGUGGCCAUCCCUGCGGGCGCCUCGAGCAUCGACAUCCGCCAGCGUGGCUACAAGGGGCUGAUUGGAGAUGACAACUACCUGGCCCUGAAGAACAGUCAAGGCAAGUACCUGCUCAACGGGCACUUCGUGGUGUCGGCUGUGGAGCGCGACCUGGUGGUGAAGGGCAGCCUGCUGCGGUACAGCGGCACCAGCACUGCCGUGGAGAGCCUGCAGGCCUCCCGGCCCAUCCUGGAGCCCCUGACCGUGGAGGUCCUCUCUGUGGGGAAGAUGACACCUCCCCGCGUGCGCUACUCCUUCUAUCUGCCCAAAGAGCCUCGGGAGGACAAGGCCUCCCACCCCAGAGACCCCCGGGGUCCCUCGGUGCUCCACAACAGCGUCCUCAGCCUCUCCAAUCAGGUGGAGCAGCCGGACGACAGGCCACCUGCACGCUGGGUGGCAGGCGGCUGGGGGCCUUGCUCUGCGAGCUGUGGCAGCGGCCUGCAGAAGCGGGCAGUGGACUGCCGUGGCUCACCAGGGCAGCGCGCAGCACCUGCCUGUGACGCAGCCCAUCGGCCGGUGGAAACGAGAGCCUGUGGGGAGCCCUGCCCAACCUGGGAGCUUGGCGCCUGGUCACCCUGCUCCAAGAGCUGUGGCCGGGGAUUUAAGAGGCGCCCCCUCAAGUGUGUGGGCCACAGAGGGCGACUGCUGGCCCGGGAUCAGUGCAACCUGCGCCGGAAGCCCCAGGAACUGGACUUGUGCGUCUUGAGGCCAUGCUGAAUAGGAGUGCCCCUUUUUCUUCCUCACUCUUCACCCCCCUGGUGCUGCCAGCAUUGUGGCCAGCAGGAGCCACGGGCAGAGGGCAGUGGCUGGGGACCCGUGCCAGACGUCACCCACAUCCAGGGACAAGGACCACGGCAGCGGGGAGAGGUUCCUCCUCCUCCUUGGCCUGGGCGGGGGAAGCUAAGUAACGCGCAGUCUACCUCACGCCCGGCUUCUCCGGGCCCUGUCUCUGGGAGAGGCUGAGAGGUGCAGGUGCUGGGCAGGAGGCGCUGGGGCCCAGUUUCCCAGAGGCCUGGAGGACAGACACCUCGCAGGCAGAACUUCAGGGACCUUGGCCCCCGUAAGGGAGGCUACAGACUGCUGGAAGGGCCAUGGCUUAGCAGCUUGGCACCCUCAGGCGGCCCCAGGGGCUCUAAGACGGCUCCAAACAAGGCAGGUUUUUAUGGUGCUUUCAGCCCACUUUCCUUUUCUGACUGACGUUGACUAAAUGUAAACCUGGCUGGGGCAGGCAGAAGCUGAGGGGCAGUGGGAUGAGGUGUAACUGGAGCCUGGGCCCCUCCGUGUGUGUUGGGGGUCCUGAGGGUGACUGAUCGCCCUUUGGAAGAGCCACCUUCUCUCCUCGACUCAUCCGGGAUGUGAGGCCAGUGUCCACAUGGGUAUCCUCUGAGGCUGAGCCAGUGGAGACAGGGAGUCAGUAGGGUGCUUCUUGCCUUCUUCAAGAGGGAUGCAGCCGUUAAACAAAGAUGCUGAAAUUGUCAGGGAUGAUGGGUUUAGUGGCUGAAGGAGGGAGUUUGAGGAAUGAUCCGGAAGGUUCUGCUGUCACUGGGUCUGGAAGAGCUUUGUGGGGAGGUCACCCUGCAAUGGGGAAGAAGAGCCCCAGUUCUGAUGGAUUCUUCCUCCAGAGAGGCUGAUAUAAAAUAAAUACAGCUGAUGGCCUUCAGCUUGGUGUCACCUCAGAGAAUGUACAAAGAGGCCACAGUCCUGUACCCACUAAGAGAAGCAUGGCGGAUGCCAGGGGGAGCGAGGUGCUGGGCAUCCAUGUGCCCACAGGUGGGUCUUCACCCAGACAGCUCUACAUGGUCUGGCUUUGGCAAGUCCUGUUGAUCCUAGCUCAUAGUUUCUGCAGUUGGAUAAUGGGGUUCACUGUUUGCUACCUCAGGCUAUGCUCUCUGGGAACCCACACUUGUCCUGUCCCUGGGGCAGUGGUGACCUUGGUGCUUCCAGUAGACCCAGCUAUUGUCCUCUGCAGACUGAGUUGCCCAGACCCAAAGAUAAGUGGGUGGUGCAUGGCUUCCUGCUCCCCAUAGCCCAGCCACCCACUGGGGCUUCACAUAAGAAGACAGGGCAUCCUUUCAGGGGCCUCGGGGAAAGGUUUCGGGAAGCUUUAGGAAUCAAUGACCUGACCCAGGGGGCUUGGUGGCGACCAGAGGGAGCUCCUGUUUAUCUUGGAGGCAUACUGGGGAAGUAGAGACAGGGCGAUUCCCAUAGCUCCAGGUGGAAAGGUGUGGGGUUAGAGACUCACUGGCCAAUCAGGAACCCUGAGGGUACAGCUGGCCCAGCGUGAAGUGGGAGAUCCUGCAUCUGAGCGUGGGUAAUGAGUCCCGGACUCGAGUGAGGUGACAUCAGAGCAAGUGUCUUCCUUCAGAAAGGGGUCCAGUCCUUCUAUUCAGUUUCCCUUGAUGGUCAGAGUCCACAAGCCAGCCUGCCAGUCAGGCAUGCCUUUGGGAUGGGGUUCUGAUCCAGUGUAACCCCAGCUGAGCCCUCGAAUGGAGCUUCCUGGGAUGGUGUUCUGGCCCAAUCCAGGCCAGGGCUGAGCCCUUGAAUCGAGCUCCAGCAGCAGGGUAGAGGGCGUGCAUGUCUCUGAGACAGGCUGCUGUCACCCCUGAAGAAUGCAGAGAGGCAGAGUCAUCCUCUCUGCACAAGAAAACACUGCGGGGCUGCAGGGUCAAGAGGCACCCAGGGCGCCAGGACAGAGGUGGAUCCCUGCUAGCUGACGACAGCGCUGUACCCCGUGCUUGGUGCGUCUGUCCUCAGUGAGGAGAGGGUGGCACGGGGGCUGUGCAGGAUGGAACAGGGUGGGUGGGAAGGGAGCUGCCAUCAGUGGGGGUGCCUGGCCCCCUAGCAGAGUGGCUUCAUAAAGCAUUUCAAGGAGGGACAAACAAUCUUGUUCCUGACACAAGCUCGGUCUCAAUACUCUUUCUGUCAAGAUGUAUUUUUUUUUUCCUUUUUAAAAGAGGCAUGACCAGGACAACUUGUGAGGUUUGUCUUGUCUUUGAUCAUUUUACUAAUUCAACCACACUCUCCAAGGCUGAGCAGGGACAACCCUCAAGUUGCAGGCUUCUGGUGAUGGGAUAAAAAGCUACGGUGGUAUCUCCUGUCAGUGGGAGAAGAGGAACAUCCUGGGGGCUCCAGCAAUUUCUUCCACGGGGUGUGGGCUAGUAAGGCUCUGGCAUCAGAGUCCCCUGCCUCCUCUGCCCAUCAUGUGCACUGACUUGGAGGAGUCCAACCUUGAGGGCCUUGCUGUGCUGGAGUGGAGGCUGUGAAUGCUGAGCACAGGUGGAGGGGCUGGAGUAUUAGCCUGGGAGUUGGUUCCCAAGGGCACUAGACACUGUCACUGUAGAGCCCCCUUUGGUGUUGGUUCUUUUGCAUGCUAUGUGCUGCAGAAGGGUGGGAGGAUCUGGGCACUGGCUGGGCUGUGUAUACUAUGUAUACAUGGGGGCUGGCUGCUGCAGGGACAACAGCCUGCUCCUAAUAAAGUUGUAAGUAUUUAAAACC